AUGAAGACUCCAAAUUCGCAAUCAGGUAAAGAUUUCAUGCCAACGGAUGAUGAGCUUCUUCAAACAUUCCUCUACAACAAAAUUAACAAUGAGCCAAUUCCAAAUUAUCUCAACAUUCUUGAAUAUGAUUUGUUCGGAACUGAAAAAUCUCCUUUGGAUAUAUGGAACGAGUUUGAAGCUUCGUACUCAUACGGUGGAAAAGAUUUAUAUUUUUUUACUACUCUAAAGAAGAAGUCUCCUACGAGCACGCGCUCGAUUCGCACUAUUGGCAACGGUAAUUGGGAAGGCGAAGACACCGGGAAAAAAAUAUUUGUCAAAGACACGGACCAACUCCUUGGUCUGAAAAAACGUUAUCGCUUUGAGAAGAGUAACACCCCUCAAGAUGGUGGAUGGAUUUUGCACGAAUAUAACCUCGACAAAUCUCUGAUUAACAAUACUUCGGCCAACAAUUAUGUACUAUGCAGAUUUAGAAGGAAUUUAAAAUCAGAAUCACAAAAUACACAAGCAAAAUUAAUUAUAGGUGAUCAAUCCAAUUCUCAUCUAAGAAAAAUUUCAAGAACAAAAAAUUGUUCUGCGCAACAGAGUAAAGAAAAGACUGUGAUUCCUAAAGACAGAGAACCUGUCAUUCCUAAACAAGAAGAAUCUUUCAUUCCUAAACAAGCCAAACCAAUUAUAUCGGACAAUAAAGUUUGGGUGAAAAAAUAUAUUAUUUAUGAAGACGCAAUAACUCAAUCAAAUGAUGAUCAAUUAAAUGAUGGUGGGAACAAAAGAAAAUAUGAGGAUGACAUAGAGUCUAUAUAUAAGGGAAAAAGAAGAAAAUGUAUAGGAAGUACAUUGCCAGAAGAGAAAAGAUUUGCUGAACCAAAGGCCUUCUUUGAAUAUGAGUACAAUAAACUAUUUUUUGGAGAAAAUGUUGAACAAUAUCCAAAAAGUAGAGUUGAUAGUGGAAAUAGCAAAACUGAGGUGUUUGGAAGGUCUAACCAAAGAGAGUGGAGCUUUAACAAAGAAGAUGAUAGUGAUAUCUUCCUAACAAAUAACAUUAUGUUAAAUUAA